UAUAUACCCACCACCCCAUCCAGCGCGGGCGCCGCGACCGAUCGGUGACCCGCGCCGCGCACACGCAACGCAAGCACGCGCCUACACUGUUCGCUCCCCGCUUGCUCCGCCGCUCUUCACUGUGCUGCCUCCUCGUCUUCCUCCGAUCGGCCGGCGUCAUGGACUGGGCAUCGGCUUCCGGGGCGACGUCUUGGGGCGUGGUGGCGGACCCCGGUCCGACCAUGGUGUCCUUCGCCGGGCCGUCCUCCUUCUCCUCCUCCUCCGCCUCCCCCGCCUCCGCCGAGGUACAGCUCCAAGAUUUCGCCGUGAGCCUCGGCCAGCGCACGCAGCCGGCGCCGGCGCCGGCAGGGAGGAGGUCACGCGCGGCGGGCAGCGGCGGCGGCGGCGCGGAGGCUUGCUCCGUCGACGGGUGCCGGUCGGACCUCAGCCGGUGCCGCGAGUACCACCGGCGGCACAAGGUCUGCGAGGCGCACUCCAAGACGCCGGUGGUGGUCGUCGGCGGCCAGGAGCAGCGUUUCUGCCAGCAAUGCAGCCGGUUUCACAUGCUGUCUGAGUUUGACGAGGGGAAAAGAAGUUGUCGGAAGCGUUUGGACGGCCAUAAUAGGCGUCGAAGAAAGCCACAGCAUGAUGUGACGAAUCUGGGGAGUUUCUUUCCAUACCACCCAGUGAAUCAAUUUGCAAUCUAUCCACGAACAAUUCCAACCGCCUGCCAGAAUUCUGACACCAUGCACUUGGUCGAUCGUCAGCCACCCUUCUCCAUCUCAUUCUCAGGAGCCUUCAAAGCGCCAAAGCGGUUCCCUUUCAUGCAGGACAGCGGUAGCAUGCUCAGCUCACCCCGGCCCGGCCAUCUUCUGGCUGAAGAUAGCAGGCACACUGGACGCAGCGCUUGCAAUGGUCUCUCCAGCACGCUGGCACCCGAGUGUGCUCUCUCUCUUCUGUCAUCGUCGCUGCAUCAUCGUCCCUCCCCUGCCAACAUCCCCUCCGCAGGCCAAGUGCGGGUCGCUUCAUCACACACUGACAUUGCUGCUGUGUCGCAAGCCACAACCACUGCAUUUGCAUCUGGUGGCGACGACCAUGUGUUUGAUCCUGAUGCUGUGUUUGAGGAUCCUACACAGGCACUGCCAUUCCCUUGGCAGUUGUAGAGUAGGGUGGAAAAUGCCUUUUUCUGUGCUGCUGAUGAGUGCUCAAUUGCUGGUAGAGACAGAAUCAGGCUGUUGGUUAGAGCUGUAGACAAGUAGACAGGUCAAGUUCUGUCCCUCUGGAUGGUGAUGGAGGUGCUGGAUAUUGUGCCGAAUUUUCCGUCCAUUGAUUGUUUAAUUGUGUUCUGUUCAUAAUUAUGGUACAUGUUUAUGAAUAUUUUGUAACAAAAUAGGUGCAUAUGUGCAAUACUGGAGUUGCAAAGCCUUCCAGGGAGCAGAAGGCCUGGUUUUGCAGGGCCAAUGCUGUUAACGAUGGGCCUGGUUGAGCCGUGUCUACAUUGCUUUGGUCA